AUGAAAGAGGAGAGCGGCGUCGUGGCGCGGACUUUUGGAGCGGCGCCCUCCGCCCCCGCCGCCACCCUCACCCUCCCCUUCCUCCAGCCGGGGCAGGGCCGGCAGACACAGCGGCCUGGACGCUGGGGAGAGGCGCUGCGGCCGGCCGUUGCGAGGGCUGGGAGGCAGCGGCGGCGCGGCCCGGCACCUGCCCCCGUGUGGCGGUGCUCUAUCGCGAGCGCGCCGCGACUGUACCGACGCUCCGGCGCUGACUCACCCCACCCCACGGCACCGCAGCCCGGGCCCGGCGGCGGCCACUGGGGGCGGGUGGGGCCGCCAGCUGGGGGCGGGGUGGGGGCGGCCGGGGCAGUGGGAUGGGGCGCGUACUGCGGCGCGCACCCGCGAGACCCGGGCUUCGACCCGCGCAGCGCCGCCGCCGCCGCCGCCGCUACUGCCACUAAAUCAUCGGCGCACCUGCCGCCAGCCGCUGGCACGGCGAAGACGGACGCGCAGACGCGGCAGCCGCGGCGCCUCCAGUGCGGGGGUGGAGGAGAAGGAAGAAGAGGAGGAGGAGGAGGAGGAGGCGGCGGCAGCUAUCAGCCGCUCAACAGGUGGGGCGGCGCGCUUAUCAAGACGUAUUAG